AUGGUGGACAUCGUGGACAUUCUUGGCAAGUUUGGCACCUACCACGCCCUCACAGUGUUUCUGGUCGUGCUAAGGGCCUUUCCCACGGCCUGGACGAACAUGCUGACGCCUAUGAUCGCUCCUGAUAUGGGCCACUGGUGCGCACGGCCACCCGACGCGGCAUGGGCCAACCUCAGCGCCGACGAGUGGAAGUCACUGGCCAUUCCUGUGGCAGAAGAUGGUUCGUUUGCAAAGUGCGAGAUGUUCCUGGUGUCCGUCGUCAACGGCACACUCACCGUGGACAGGAACGUGACGACUGCGUGCACCGGUUGGGAGUACGACACGUCGGUUUACGAAAGCACAAUCGUCAAUGCGUGGGAUCUCGUAUGUAGCCGAGGCUGGCACCGAUCCCUGGCGCAGAGCAUCGUCAUGGCUGGAGCGCUUGUUGGAGUCCUUGGUUUUGGAGAAAUGUCUGACUGCUUCGGCCGAAAGCCGACCUUCUUCACCUGUGUCCUGGUUGUAUUCGUCUUCGGGUCGCUGUCUUCCCUUGCCCCUGGAAUCGCGUGGUUCAACGCCGGACGCUUCCUGCUCGCCGCUGGGAUUGCCGGUUGCCAAGCCACCACUGUUUCUUUGUUGAUGGAAAUAAUGCCUCCGAAGUUCCGCAUGAUGAUGAACGUCGGGUUUGGGAUUGGAUACACGAUUCCGCUGCUCCUUCUACCACUGCUAGCGUACUACCUCAGCAGCUGGUCCUACCUGCAGCUGGCGACUGGCCUGUCCGCAUUAAUGAUGGUACCCUUCUGGUUCAUUCUCCAAGAAUCUCCCCGGUGGCUGAUGACCAAAGGACGCCUCGAAAGCGCCGAAUAUUCCAUAGUGAAAAUUUUAAAGAUCAACCGGAGGCCUGUUCCUGAUAUGGACCAGGUUAUGAACGAGCUUGUGCUUCAUUCUAAAGCGGAGACCAAACAGAACACCUUCAUGUUCAUCGACUUCUUUAGAACCCCGAAGAUGAGACGAAACACCAGCGCACUGUUUAUUAUAUGGGCUUUGGGGUCCUUCGUAUACUACAACGUGGUGCUAUCGGCUACCAAGGUUCCGGGCAACCCGUACCUCAACUACGCCAUCUCCUCCUCCAUCGAGAUCCCUGCCGCGCUUUUAGGCCUUUUUGUGGCCACACGCUGGAGCCGACGCAAGUCUCAAUCCAUCUUCCUAGUUCUUGCCGGGCUGUCCGUUCUGCCAAUGCCUUUCUUGUCCAUAGCUAGUAUGCCCUGGCUGAGCAUCACUUCCAAUGUUCUGCUCCGCUUCUUUAUACUGAGUGCCGGGUUCAUCAAGUGGAUCAUGGUCCUCGAGGUGUUCCCGACUACAGCUCGUAGCUUCGGCUUCGCAUGCUGCAUGACGUGCUCUCGGUGUGGUGCAAUCUUGGCUCCCUUCCUCAGAGACCUGGGAGAGGUGACAGACCCCGUGGUGGUGCCCCCUCUUGUUCUUGGUGCAUUUUCCCUCUUGGGUGCGGGACUGACGCUGCUACUUCCCGAGACGCUCAACAAACCUCUUCCGGACACGUUCUACGAAGCCGAAAGCAUCAGCAAGUAA